UGCAGUGACACUGUGGCGGAGUGCAGAGCACCAUGCAUGCCGUUAAAGUAUGAGCAUUUUGCUGCCACCGCUGCAAGAAGAUGAUCCUGCUGUCUGGUCUGAUUUUUAUUGUAUUGGCAAAACCAGGUCGGUGCCUGGAGGAGGAUGGAGGAUUUACUUUUAAUGGAGACGUCCGCCACUUCGCCGUGGCCAACAACUCCGUUUACGUCGCCACAGACGACAGACUGUACCAGCUGAACCACGACCUGACUCUGGUCCGGAGUCUGACCCAGAGAGGAAUCUUGAAGUACGAUAAACUGCAGAACGGCAUCAGGUUUUACCGGGUUCCCGAGAAGGAUGAGUGGAACGCAACUUUCAGUGUCAAUGUGUUACUGCCGUUUGAUGAUAAUGACACAUUGAUCAGCUGCGGUGUGACUGACAACAGAUGUGGCUACUGCGAGGUGCUGGACCUGGCAGACAUCUCUAAAGUGCGGUACAGUGAACACAUUCUUGUGGGACCAGUGAACCCCAACAGCGCGUCCGUCGCAUUCCUGGUGGAUGUGGAGAGAAGAACCAACGAGACUUAUAUUCUAACCGCCAUACAGCAAAACGGAUCCUCAAAUACCAAAUGCUCCUCUGGUUCAGAGGCAGUGUAUCUUCACAAUACAAAUAACAGUCAGCCAGGAGGCAUAUUUUCAUUUAAUGAGGGGUCUACCCCUCAGUUCAGAAGUAAAGGUAAUGUGAGUUUUGUGGACGGAUUUCAGAACAGUUCAAUCAUCUAUCUUUUCUCCAACGUGCCUUCAGACAAAGAAGGCAACAAAGUUCGUCUCAUAUGGCUGGAAGGUAAAAGGAACAAGGUCGAGACGAUGAGGUCACUGCGUGGUGCGUCUCUCGAUAUCUCUGAUCGUGGUGGUAAAGGCAGCAGACUCCUGGCCUCCUCGGUGGUCCCGGACGGGCCACCGGUGCUCUGGAGCGGCGUGUUCAGUGUAGAUGGAGGACAAACCAACACCGAGCUGGUCAUGUUUGACAUCAGUCCCGAUCUCAGCCUAAAACAAAAUCAAGAUCCAGACUUCUGCAGUGCUGUAAAGUGUGAGGAUAAAAACGUUCAGCCAAAGACCCUGAAGCCAAAGAAGACACUCUUCAGGCAGAACUACAUGACCUCUGUGCUGGCAGUGAGACACAAGAGCUGGAUGGUUUUCUUUGUUGGGACGGGAGAUGGACAGCUCAUUAAGCUUGCUGUGGACAACAACUAUCACACCACCUGCCCCAAGGUGCUCUACAGGGCCAAUCAUGACCACAAAGUGUUUCCCAAAAUACAUCUGGAUGAAGUGGAUGAUAAAUAUCUGUAUGUGGCAUUUCAAAACCAGAUGAAGCGUGUACCUGUGUCAAAGUGCAGCACAUAUAAAACUCUGCAGGACUGUUGGUCUGCUCAGGAUCCAUACUGUGUCUGGUGUGGCUCCAACAGAUGCACAUUUGAGAAUGAAUGCCCAGAUUCAGACUGGUUAUCCAUUCCUGAAGAUUACCAGGAGAAAAUGGUUUCCUACACUGUAACAAAAGACACCACUGACCAGAUCACACUAAAGAUCCAGACACAUCUGACUGUGGGUCAGAACGUGUCUAAUUUCACCUGUGAAAUCUCUUCAAGUGUCAAUGAGUUUUGUAGAAGGGAAAGCGCUCCCCCACAGUUCCCACAAUGCACCUGCAUCCUCUCAAAGAGCACACUUCCCACGGAAGGCCUGGAUGUCACAGUAAGGAUUACACUGGGGAAGAUUGAUUGGUGGGAAAAACUGAAGCUAAUGAAGUGCUCGGACAUCAGAGGACCACCUACCUCUGACUUGUGUAAGCAGUGUCUUGAUGCUGGAUGUGACUGGAGCCAAAAUGUCUGUUCCUGGGCAACUGCAGAACUAAAGAAUGUAAGUAUUUACAGUAAUACAUGUAUUUAUCAUCUAUACAAAGGAAUGAACAUUUCUAAGCCAGAGAUCUCCUCCAUCACUCCCAGCAUUGUGUCUAUUUACGGCAAAAACCACGCACUGUUGACAGGUCACAACCUCAGUGACGUGAUCAGAGUGAGGAUCCAAGCGGACAUGGACUGCACUCCACGAGAAUCUCCUGUGUGGAACAACACAGGUGUGAAUCUGACGUUCCACAUUCCCAGUGCUGACCGUAAAGGCGUGGUCAAAGUAUGUGUUGUCCUCACAGAUGGUAGUUGCCAUGGCAACACUGAAAUCGCCUACAGGUCACCACCAUCCUGCACUGCCGUUACACCAAGCAGCAGCUGGAUGAGUGGAAAAAGGAAUAUCACAGUCUUGGGAUCUCAGUUGGAGUUUGUUGAAGGGGUCACACACAGCCAUGAUUUGACAGAAGUCAAGCUUCCUCAAAACAAAAGCUCUCAGACUCUAACUUAUGACACACCUGCAGCCAGGACGUCUGCCAGCAGCGUCUUAGUGAAAGUUGCCAAUGAAACCUUACCCUGCUUCACAAGUUUCACCUACUACCCAGAGCCCGAGUUUACAAGCUUCACAUCCACAAGAACAGGGGAAAGUGUCCUAAUCACUAUACAGAAAAAGGCAGACAAGCUGGAGAUGACCCCAGAAGAGUUGUCAGUGAUCGGCUUCCAGGAGGAAAAACCUCACAACUGCAUCGUGGAAAUCAAAAGUAAAAGUAACGAGACGGACUCUUUCACCUGUGAAAUUACAACCACAGUUAAUCCCAAGUUUCAGAUGUUGAAGAUUACUUAUGGCGACCGGACAAUAACACUGGAUCUUAAAUCUUCAUCAUAUAUGUACUACCUUCUGGUCGUUGUCCUUCUGCUGAUACCCUGCAUUAUUGCUUUUGUGGUGCUCUUCUUCCGAAAUAAAGAGAAGCAGCUAAAUGUUAAGAUGAACAAGCACAUUGAAGACCUGGAGCUUAAUAUCAGGAAUGACAUCAGACAAGGUUUUGUGGAUCUGCAGACAGAGAAAGCCGACCUGAUGGAAAAUGUUGGGGCGAUUCCUUUCCUUGACUACAAGCACUUUGCCUCCAGGAUCUUUUUUCCUGAGAAUGAAGCUUUGAUGACAUCAUGCAUCAAAGACAUUGGUCAGGAUGCUGUGAAGGUUCAGCUUGAUGACUGCUGCCUGGGCUUGUCCAAGCUGAUCCAGGACCAGGUCUUCCUAACAUCCAUGGUGCACGCUCUGGAGGAGCAGAAGACUUUCACCAUCAAAGACAAGUGUACACUGGCGUCUCUACUGACCAUCGCUCUCCACAGCAACUUGUCGUACAUGACAGAGGUGAUGGAGGUUCUCCUGAAGGCUCUGAUGCAGCAGAGCAGCAACGCUCAGCCCAAACUGCUGCUGCGACGCACAGAGUCCACGGUGGAGAAGCUGCUGACCAACUGGAUGUCCAUCUGCCUCUACGGCUUCCUCCGGGAGAGUGUUGGCCAGCACUUGUUCCUGAUGGUGAGCGCUCUCACACAGCAAAUCGCCAAAGGACCAGUGGACUGCGUGACAGGGAAGGCUCUGUACACACUCAGCGAGGACUGGCUGCUGUGGCAGGCUCAGGACUUCAGCUCUCUGAAGCUGAAGGUGCUGUUUGCAGUGGGCAGUGACGGUGAGGUCAGCGAGCCUCUGGAGGUCAGCGCCCUCAAUUGUGACACAGUGGAACAGGUCAAAGCAAAAAUCCUGUCCAGCUUCAAGGCCAAGUUUGGUUUCCCUUACAACACCAACCUCAAAGACAUUUAUAUUGAGUUUGAGAAGGAUGGAUCGUUUGUUCCUCUUCAGGAAGUGGAUGGGAGCUCAGAGAAUAUCGGGGUGGUGACGAUGCUGAACACGCUCAAGCACUACAAGGUGCCUGAUGGAGCUACAAUCAAAGUGCUUUCUACAAAAACUCAUCCCCCUCUCAGCCCCCAGUUGAGUGUGAAGGAUGAUGAGAACUUCGAAAGAAAAUACUUCCACUUGAUUGAUCCUGAUGUGGAGGAAGAUCAGCGAAACAACCCGGAGAAGAAGAAGUUUAAAAUGAAGGAAGUUCACCUCACCAAGCUGCUCUCCACAAAGGUGGCAGUGCAUUCUUAUGUGGAGACCUUGUUCAAGUCUAUCUGGGAGUUGCCUUCCUGCAAAGCUCCACAUGCUGUCAAAUACUUCUUCGACUUCCUUGACAGUCAGGCAGACGUCAUGAAGAUCACAGAUCCAGAUGUCCUGCACAUCUGGAAGACCAACAGUUUGCCUCUGCGCUUCUGGAUCAACAUCCUGAAGAACCCUCAGUUUGUUUUCGACAUAGAGAAGGCUGCACAUCUGGACGGCUGCCUGUCUGUCAUUGCUCAGGCCUUCAUGGACUCCUUCUCCCUCAGUGAGGUCCAGCUGGGGAAGCACGCACCAACCAACAAGCUCCUGUAUGCCAAAGACAUUCCCAAGUACAAGCAGGACGUGAAGGCUUACUACAAGCAGAUCAGAGAACAGUCCACAAUCACAGACACAGAAUUCAAGGCCUUCCUGCAGGAGGAGUCAAAGAAACAUGAAAAUGAAUUCAAUGAAGCUGCAGCCCUCAGAGAGCUCUUCAAAUUUAUACAGAGAUACUUCACAGAGAUCAAAGAGAAGCUGGACCAGAACGGUGCCCCUGAGGAGCUGAAGGAGCAACUACUUUCUGUCAAGGAUUCAUUUGAUGCACUGAAGAGCUGCGCCUGGAGCUGAGCUGUCCAUCCUGCCACUCAUCAAACUAUAAG